AUGACAAAUGGAAAGAAGAAGAAGAAGAAGAAAACGAGAAAUCCGCAUGUGGGAUUGGGGUUCUUGAUUUUCCGGCCCAAGAGGGAGAAGAAAGCCUUGUCAUUAUGUUGGAAUGAUACCCUAUGGUCGUUCUCGGAUUUAAGAGCUUAUGCUUGUGCCUUCUUGUGGCCAAGAUUUCUGGUUUCAAGUCCAAGAAGAAGAAGAUUCCUCUCACCCAAGCAUCAUUCGCCUAAUCGCACAGCAAAUUUCAAUUUCUUCGACGAAAUAUACAUGGGUACGGAAAAUUCAGAUCUUGGACAUGUUAUUGAGGUAUGCACUGAUGUGCCAGCCACAGAAAGGGGCUUUGCUGGAAGCAAGGGAUGUGGAGAGGCGCCAUGUGGUUUUGCUGACGCCAAAACCAGUUCUGCAGAUGCACAUGAGCGUUCAGCUUCUAUGAGGAAGCUUUUGAUUGCUGUUGCGUUGUGCAUUGUUUUUAUAAGCAUUGAAGUUUUUGGGGGUAUCAAAGCCAAUAGUCUUGCAAUUUUGACUGAUGCAGCUCAUUUGCUAUCAGAUGUUGCAGCUUUUGCAAUAUCUUUGUUUUCUCUAUGGGCCGCAGGAUGGGAAGCUAAUCCACGUCAGUCUUAUGGUUUUUUUAGAAUCGAGAUUUUGGGGGCAUUAAUUUCAAUUCAAUUGAUUUGGCUUCUUGCUGUGAUCCUUGUCUAUGAAGCCGUUGUUCGACUUAUGCAUGAUACAGGCGAAGUAAAGGGCUUUUUGAUGUUUUUGGUUUCUGCAUUUGGACUGCUGGUCAAUGUUAUUAUGGCGGUCUUGUUGGGACAUGAUCACGGGCAUGGCCAUGCUCAUGAUCACGGUCAUGGCCAUAAGGCUCACGACCUAGACCAUGACCACGAACAUGUGCACAAUCAUGGAGUUAGUGUCACCCGGCAUCACCAUCAUGAGGGACCCUCCAGAUACGAUGAGCAUCAUUAUGUCCACGAUGAAGACCACACUGAGCCUUUGCUAACAAGUUCCUCUGAAGGUGAAGGUAAAUCAGAAGGCAAAGAUAAGCAGAAGAAGAAGCGAAAUAUAAAUGUUCAGGGGGCUUACCUUCAUGUGCUAGGAGAUUCCGUACAAAGCAUUGGGGUUAUGAUUGGUGGAGCAAUUAUCUGGUAUAAGCCAGAGUGGAAAAUCAUUGAUCUGAUUUGUACCCUCGUUUUUUCAGUAAUUGUGCUGGGCACUACAGUCAAUAUGCUACGAAACAUUUUUGAGGUUCUUAUGGAGAGUACUCCCAGAGAGAUUGAUGCAACAAGGCUUGAGAAGGGUCUUUGUGAGAUGGAAGAAGUUGUUGCCAUCCAUGAAUUGCAUAUAUGGGCAAUUACUGUGGGGAAAGUGUUAUUAGCUUGCCAUGUCAAAAUUAACCCUGAAGCAGAUGCUGACAUGGUGCUGGACAAAGUCAUUGACUAUAUCAAGACGGAACACAACAUCAGUCAUGUGACAGUCCAGAUAGAAAGACAACAGAUCUGA